UGCUGCCGGGAUGCAGAGAGGAGGAACUCACCGCUGCUGUGGAGACUGAAAUCUGAAGAAGAGUCUCAUCUCUCUCCAGCUUCAGACGGAGAAACACCUGCAGCGGACAUGAACGUCACAGCCAAACACUGGACUCCUGAUCCCCAGUGACCCGCAUCACCAUGCCAACCCCCCCAAUCCUCACGGCAACAAGGAGUCCUCGGAGAAAUCGCUAGGUUUACAACCGUGAGCCUUCAUAAAGCUGAUCCAGUCAGAGAAGGAGAGACAGGAGGCAGGUAGAGAUGCCUUCCCAGCGUGGCGCCCUGCUGAUCUUCUUGUUCCUGUUGAAGAUGGAACCUGUGAGAGCAUGUGUAUGUCCAGAAGCCACUGUUUUAUCCCAGUUUCCCUUUGAGAUACCUGCUGACGCCUGUUGCUUGAACUACUCCGGCUCCACUUUCAGCCAUGUGCACUGGUCUGUGUUUACCAACGAGACGAACAUUAAGACGCUGGAUCUCUCCUUCUGUAAUAUCAGCUCGGUUAAUAUGACCGGCAACGACGUGUCUACCUUGCAGAGGGUUUACUUGGGUCAUAACAGACUCACAGUGUUGCCCAGGGGGUUUCUAAGCGGGCAGCCGAGGCUAAUGGAGGUGGAUUUGAGCGGGAAUCUGAUUCAGGAGCUGCCUGAGGGUUUCCUCCAGGAAUCAGACGUCCUCCAGAAGCUGAAUCUUCAGGGGAACCAGCUUCGCCUCCUCCCAGACUCUGUGCUUGUGAGGCCCCGUCUGCAAACCCUGGAUCUGGAUGGGAACCCGUGGGAUUGCUCCUGUGUGUUACUGGAAGGCCUGGAGGACGCUGGGAAGUUGAACAGGACGGUUAAGAUGCAGGAUCUGGUGAGGAACCUGACCUGCGUGACUCCUCGGCACCUGGCCGGCAGGACGGUGUUCUCGGUGAGAAUCAGUGACGUGUGCCGCCCAGCUGGUCUCACCGCGCUCUUCAUCGUGCUGCCGCUCCUCAUCCUCUCUGCCCUGGUGCUCUGCUGGUGCUGCGGGAGGAAGAGGAAGAAGAAGGAAGCGUCAUUAAGCACCUCGAAAAAGAGAGCUACCAACUCCAGUAACUGCCAGAAGCAUCGCAGCAAGCAGAAACCUACGCCUGGCGAUCAAAAUAAAGCAGAACACAAAGAGGGGAUCCUGAAGAACCAGUUGCUGCUCCGCCCAGCCUCCACCCUGCUGGGCAGCACCAGAGACAUCUACGAAGAGGUGGAGAUUAAGCUGGGUUCGGUGGAGUCUCUUCCUCGUGUGACCUCCAUCUGCUCCUCAGAGGGGAAGCAGGUUCCUCCGGGCUCUGAAGGGACCAAGAAGACCGAGCUGGACACGGUGAGCGUGACGGAGGUGAUGAAGGACUCGACUGACAGAGAGAAGGCGUACCUCACUCAGAGCACCGAGUACUACAGCCUGGUGCCCGGGAUCGAGCUCGAGGACUCGGACCACGGAGAGUAUGAGAACGUCAGCCUCUCGUGACAACAGAAAAAGCAAGUUAUCUAUUGUGAGAGAGAGAGUGGUCCGACCACUGUGCUUUCACAAUGUAAGAGGAAGUGAUUUAAUCCGGAGCUUUUCCUGUGGGACCUGAGCAACGCAGUGACGUUUGAAAGGGAGGCCCGCCUUUUUUCACUCUGGAAAAAACUAAGACAUUUAUUGUAUAUAUGAUGUUGCACUCCACACAAAUGAACACUUCAUAUUGUUUUCACCUGUAUUACAAAGAGCAGGACAUAUUUUAAAUGCAUUAUUAAUCGAAGUCAGGCACUCUUUUGUGUGCACUCUCCUUUAACUCACCCAAGUGUAAUUGUUUAAGGCUUUCCAGUGUGACUUGUACUGCAUACAGGAUGUUCUGGAUCCUUCACUUUAAGCUGCACAUCCAGAAAUGAACAAUGACUAAUGACUAAUCUCAUUGCAGGGCCAACAGUUAAUUCAUUGUGAAAUGUGGAAUGUAAAGCUUAGGUGAGGAGUCUAAAUUUAUAUAUGCCCCUGGAUAAAGGAUGAAAGGCUUGCUCAUGGUUCACGUCACGUACUAAAUGUGCGUAUAUGUUGGAAACAAUCAGCGCAGUCAGAUCUAAAUGCAGGGGAAUGCUGGUUUUAAGAUACAAAUCUCUGUAAAGUAACCUGAGAUGUAGAGCAUUUCUGUGCAAUGGUUCUACCACAAAAUGACACUGGAGACACAAAAACUAAAAAAUCAGGGUCAUCCAAGUUGUGGGAAACGUCUAACGCUAAUUGCCUCGUGUUUAGUGAGACGGACACACAGAAAGUGGGUGCAGCCUGAAGGGUGUGGAGCUUCCUGGAAUUUAAAACACCGGAGGUAAUUUUCCAGUGGGGUUAUCAAGUUUUUUCCAUUAAAGAUUUAUUUAUGGACACUGUGAGGUUUACUGCCAGAGGUCCUUAGGUCAAAAGACAAGCAGACAAAUGAGUGAAUGUUGCUUUUUGUAAUUUUGUACACAGAGAAAUAACCUGAUAUAACAAAUGUAAGUGUAUUGUAGCUACUAGGCAAAUGUAGUUUUACCAUUCUAUUGGUAGCAUUAUUUAUUUGGUUUAUCUUAUUGUUAACUGUCAGAUGUUCCCAAGAAUUGGCUUGACAAAUACAGGCUUGUUAUUUUUUCUGAAACUAUGUCACUAGCCAUUUUUUUGGCACAUGUAUCUACCUAGGUAAAUUGAAAGUAACAUUUGGCUACCAGUGUUCAUGCUAGCGAUGACGAUACCGCAUAUAAACACGGUCUACUUUUG